AUGGUCUUACAAAGGCUUGCAUUGAAGAAUAGUUUGGCGGAUUUUAUCAAUCGAAUCUUGGAUACAAUUGCGGGGCAAUUAGAAAUUUUUUUUGCGAUAAAAGAUGACGCUGAAGUUGGUGAAGAGUUUCCUGAAGACAGUGAGGCGUUGAGAAAUUUUAAGAUCUUGUCGGCAAGUAUCUGUUGA